AUGGCGAAGACCGUGGUUAUCCUGGGGGCCUCCCUCGCGGGCAUCCCCAUAGCCCACUACCUGCUUGCACACACAUCAUCCGUCGUCCCUGAUCUCAAGGUCAUACUCGUGUCUCCAAACACGCACAUGUACUGGGCGUUGGCCACAGUUCGUGGAAUCCUCCCAGGUGGUAUUGAAGAGGACAAGAUCAUGCUACCGAUCGCGCCUGCCUUCAAGAAAUACUCGUCCGAAAAGUUUGAGUUGGUCCAGGGCAAGGCCGAGCAGCUGGAUCCAUCCUCCAACUCGGUGACGAUCCAGACCAACGCGGGAGCCGUCCGGCAAAUCGAAUACCACACUCUAGUCAUUGCUACUGGGACGAGUGCCAGGGAGGAGAUGCCUUUCAAGACGAUAAACACCACCGAGCAGACGAGGGACGUGCUCCACGACUGGCAGCAGCGCAUCAAAUCGGCAAAGUCGAUCGUCGUCGGCGGCGCCGGCAUCACAGGCACCGAGCUCACAGGAGAGCUGGCCGAGGCGUUCGCGAAGACGGGGCAGAAGAAGGUGACGCUCAUCGCGGCCUCAGACCUGCCCCUGGACGCUACCGUCAGGAAGGACGUCCGGCAGGCCGCCAAGAAGGGCCUCGAGAAGCUGGGUGCCCAGGUCAAGGUCGGCGCGAAGGUCAGCAAGGUCGAGGGGCCCGAGGGCGGGCCCAAGGUGAUCAGCCUGUCGCUGGGCCGGGGCAGGGAGGAGUCGAUCGAGGCGGACGUGUACAUCCCGACGUACGGGCUUCAGCCGAACUCGGAGUUUGUGCCUGCGAACCUGCUUGACCACCGCCGCCAUGUCAAGCAGACCAAACACCUCCGCGCCGAGGGACACCACAACAUCUUUGUGGUCGGGGACGUGGGCAGCCUCGAGACCCCGCAGGCGGUACAUACCGAGAACCAGGUGCUGCACGUCGUCAAGAACCUGCAGGCGCACCUGAAAGGAGAGGCCUUGACUGAGUACGUCUUCAGCACUGAUCCUCUGUUCAUGGCUUCUAUUGGGAAGGGAGGCGGCAUCGGUCAAGCCAAGGGGUUUAAGUUGUUCAGUUUCAUGGUGAAGAAGUUCAAGGCGCAGACACUGGGGACACAGAACUUCCCUGGUAUACUAGCGGGGCAGAAGACCAUGACGAAAGGAAAGUGGGCAUGA